ACUAGAUCGGCACACCAAUUUUUGUCAAAUCGAUCAUGGCGCACACAAAGAAAGGGCCGUCACGUCGCAUGCAAAAGCAGGGACCUCCACAAUCACUGGAUGAGAUUCUCGGCGCAAAAAAGCGAAAAUCCGCAGCUCCUACCAAUGGUGCGAUCAAAAAGCAAAAGACCGCCGAUAAGGAUGCUCCCAAGAAGAAGACUGCAGCGCAAAGCAAUGGCGCCAAAAAGGUGCGCGGCGAGCACGAGCAGGCACCUGUCGUCAAACCCAAAGCCACAAAGGUAUUGAAAAAGACAGCGAAGCCGGCAGCGCUGGAUGUCUUAGCAGACAGCGACGAAGAAGAUCUGGAGCUUGACGAUGACGAGAUCAAUCUCGAAGAGGAUGGCCUGAACGGACUCGAUAUGGACAGCGAUGCGGACGACUUUGACUUAGCUCCUUCCGGGUCCGACGACGAGAUCUUGGAUGAUUCAGAUGCGGAGGUGCGGAGAGAGAAGAUGUGGUCGGAGGAUGAAGAUUCGGAUGCUGAGGAAAGGUUGACGGCAGCCAAUAUCGAGGGGUUGUCACGGAAGUUGAAUGAGCAGCGUGCACGGGAAGCGGCGGAGGCGGAAGCAGAGUUAGCGGAAGACGCUUUGCAGACCAACAUUGCUGCGGAGCUCCCAGAUGACGAGGACGAGACGAACGGUGGUCUACUGGCGCCGGACUUACAACUUCUCCGAUCAAGAAUCACGGAAACAGUGCGAGUGUUGAGCAGCUUCAAGGAUCUUGCCGAUCCUGCAAAGAGCCGAGCAGAUUAUACACAGAGUCUGCUGAAAGACGUCUGCGCAUACUAUGGAUACUCGCCAUUCUUGGCCGAGAAGCUCUACUCUCUCUUUCCGCCUCAGGAAGCGCUGGCAUUUUUCGAUGCCAACGAGACACCCAGGCCUAUGGUCAUUCGCACAAACACCCUACGAACCCAUCGAAGAGAUCUCGCGCACGCUCUCAUCAACCGCGGUGUGACCCUGGAGCCGGUUGGAAAAUGGUCAAAAGUCGGGUUGCAAAUUUUCGAAUCACAAGUUCCGCUCGGUGCAACGCCCGAGUACCUCGCUGGCCACUAUAUUCUUCAAGCCGCCUCAUCUUUCCUCCCUGUCAUGGCACUGGCACCUCAAGAGCACGAACGCGUCCUCGACAUGGCCGCUGCGCCCGGUGGUAAGAGCACCCACAUGGCUGCACUGAUGCGCAACACAGGCUGCAUCUUCUCCAACGAUGCUAGCAAGGAGCGUUCAAAAGGUCUCAUUGGUAACAUCCAUCGUCUUGGUGUCAAGAACACUAUUGUCUGCAACUACUCAGCUCUCGAAUUCCCCAAAGUCAUGGGCGGCUUCGACCGAGUCCUCCUUGAUGCGCCGUGUUCCGGCACCGGUGUCAUUGCGAAAGACGCGAGUGUCAAGACCAACAAGACCGAGGCCGAUUUCCUCCGGUUGCCUCACCUGCAGAAACAGUUGCUCCUCGCCGCCAUCGAUUCUGUCGACCACACCAGCAAGACUGGGGGCUAUAUCGUCUACAGUACCUGUUCCGUGACCGUCGAGGAGAACGAACAAGUCGUCCAAUACGCGCUCAACAAGCGGCCCAACGUCAAACUCGUCUCGACCGGCCUCAUCUUUGGCAAAGAGGGGUUCACCAAAUACCAAAGCAAGCGCUUCCACCCGAGCCUGAAGCUGACGAGGAGAUAUUACCCGCACAUGUUCAACGUCGAUGGCUUUUAUGUCGCCAAGUUCAAGAAAACGGAUGUGACGCCCGCCGCACUCGUCGGAAACCCCGGUGCCCGUGUCGGUGACCAGGCGAAUGGCGCGGCUGAGGACGAGGAUGAGGAUGCCACCAUCACCAGCGAGGGUGGGGACCAGGAUGAAGAUGAUGUGGAAGCACCGGCGUUUGAGACCUUUGACGAUGACGAGGAUGAGAAGCUCAUCGAGCGCAGCUUGAGGAGAAACUUGCGGAGGAAGGGUAUCGAUCCCAAGGCUACGAAGUCGGCGGCUGUAAAGAGUUAUUCCAAGUCGAAAUAGAGGGAUGAUUUCAGAUGUACGUAAUUGGAAAAAAUGUGUCAUAUGAGCGAUGUCAUCUCACGGAGUAUCUUCUGUAUGCAAUCGCCACAGUCAAGUGACCAUGAGAGAAUCGACUAAUACUGUUACACUGCUAAGAGGUAUAAAGGAUCCAUGAUUUACUGGUAUA